CAUUUUCUUUGAUGAAUUCAGUGCUACAGAACAUAUGUCAGGGAUCAAAGUUUCUAAUGUGACAGCCUGGGCAAGGUCCAAGCAUUUAUCACAAGGUGUCUUCACUAAAGUCUGUUCAUUUGCAACCAUGAUUUGGACGAGAUUCCCUUGCAUUCUCCCUUUCAUCGUGUUUUUUGCCCACAUAGCAGCUGUGUCGAUUAAGCAUCUUUCUAAAGGAAAUGAACACGUUGGAGAUUUUGAUGAACAGAAGGAUAUUUCAGAAAUCAAUUUAGCUGCAGGCUUGGACCUCUUUCAAGGGGACAUCCUCCUGCGGAAUUCCAGAAAUGGCCUGAGAGACCCCAACACCAGGUGGAAGUUCCCCAUCCCUUACAUUCUGGCCGACAACCUGGCGCUGAAUGCCAAAGGAGCCAUUCUCUAUGCCUUUGAAAUGUUUCGCCUCAAGUCUUGUGUGGAUUUCAAGCCCUAUGAAGGAGAGAGCUCAUAUAUCAUCUUUCAGAAGUUUGACGGGUGCUGGUCUGAGGUUGGCAACCUCCAUGUGGGACAGAACCUUUCCAUUGGCGAGGGAUGUGACUAUAAGGCCAUCAUUGAACACGAGAUCCUGCAUGCUUUGGGGUUCUACCAUGAGCAGUCGAGGACAGACCGGGAUGAUUACGUGAACAUCUGGUGGGAUGAAAUUCUUCCAGGUUACCAGCACAACUUUAACACCUACACUGACAACAUCAUCACUGACCUCAACACACCGUAUGAUUACGAGUCUCUGAUGCACUACCAGCCUUUCUCGUUUAACAAGAAUGACAGCAUCCCUACCAUCACGGCCAAGAUCCCUGAGUUUAACUCCAUCAUUGGGCAGCGCCUGGAUUUCAGUGCCGUCGAUCUGGAGAGGCUGAACCGAAUGUACAAUUGCACCACAACUCACACCUUUUUGGACCACUGUGCUUUUGAGAAGGCAAACAUCUGUGGAAUGAUUCAGAGUACCAGAGAUGAUGCUGACUGGGUCCAUGAGGCCAGCACUCAGCCCGGACAAGUGGAUCACACCUUGGUGGGACAAUGCACAGGUGCCGGCUUCUACAUGCACUUCAGCACCAGCUCGGGGGCGGCCGAGGAGGCAGCUCUACUGGAGUCGAGGAUCCUUUACCCAAAGAGGCGGCAGCAGUGCCUGCAGCUCUUCUAUAAAAUGACGGGAAGCCCUUUGGACAGGCUGGUCAUCUGGGUCCGCAGGGACGACAGCACGGGCAGCGUCCGCAAGCUGGUCAAGGUGAAGACCUUCCAAGGAGAUUCUGACCAAAAUUGGAAAAUUGCCCAUGUUACGCUUAGAGAGGAAAAGAAGUUUCGCUACCUUUUCCAGGGCACAAAAGGUGACCCCCAGAACUCACGUGGGGGCAUUUACCUGGACGACAUCACUCUGACCGAAACCCCAUGCCCCACAGGGGUUUGGACAGUCCGGAAUUUCUCCCAGGUCCUGCAGAACACGGCUAAAGGGGACAGGCUUCAGAGCCCUCGGUUCUACAAUUCAGAGGGCUAUGGUUUGGGGUUGACCUUAUACCCUCACGGCAGAAUGACCUCCGAGCGCUCUGGCUACUUGGGGCUUGCCUUCCACCUGUGCAGUGGAGAGAAUGACGCUGUCCUGGAGUGGCCAGUGGAAAACAGACAGGUGAUCAUGACAAUACUCGACCAGGAACCCGAUGUCAUGAAGAGAAUGUCCUCCAGCAUGGUGUUCACUACCUCCAAGUCCCAGACAUCUGCAGCGAUCAACGGCUCCGUCAUCUGGGACAGGCCAUCCACCGUGGGAUCCUAUCAUAACAGCUGUGACUGUUAUAGAGGCAUCGACUGGGGCUGGAGUGCUGUCAUCUCCCACCAAAUGCUGAAAAGGAGGAGUUUCCUUAAAAAUGAUGAUCUUAUCAUGUUUGUGGACUUUGAAGACAUCACCCACCUUCACGAGACUGAGGUCCACGCUGAAGGCAGCAGGCUGACCCCCCAAGGCCUCGUUCUCCAAGACCAGGAGCAGCAGGUCUUGCCAGAGGGAGCCCGACCGGGCAGCCUGGGCCAGGGGCAGCCCAGCCGACAGAAGCGGUCGGUGGACAGCUCGGGCCCCUUGGAGGACCACAACUGGCCACAGUACUUCAGAGACCCGUGUGACCCGAACCCUUGCCAAAAUGAAGGCAUCUGUGUGGACGUGAAGGGGAUGGCCAGCUGCAGGUGCGUCUCCGGGCACGCCUUCUUCUACACUGGAGAGCGAUGUCAGGCCAUGCAGGUGCACGGCAGCGUCCUGGGCCUGCUCAUCAGCGGCGCGGCCACCACGGUCUUGUUGACCUUCACCGUCAUCUCCGUCCUUUGCCAAAGGCCAAGGCAGUGACGCCCACUGACAUCAGCCAGACCGCAGACGCGCC